UUAACGGUUUGCAGCUGAAGAUUCUCUCCUGUGUGUGUGUGUGUGUGUGUGCGCGCGCUGGGCUGGACGAGGCUCCCCAUGGCUUACAGAGAGUGAUGGUUGGACAGAGCGAGAGAACGGUUCGUUUCCAGAAGGGUCCGAUUCUGAUCCAUGGGUCUCAGCAAAGCUCAGCUGGCGACGGCGCGGCCGACAUAGCCUGCCGUGCUCCCGGUACCGUGGACAGAGCCUAACUCACGGCAGCAUGCGAAGGAUGGGUCUCAGUGUAAUUGCACUAUUAAGUGGUCGAGUUGCAGUAUUAGUGAUGGCACCUACCGUCUUAUUGGGUAUGCUCUCCACUGCUGAACGAGCCUGUCCGACCAAUUGUAGGUGUCAUGGUAAAAUAGUGUACUGCGAGUCACUCAGCCUCCAGGAGAUCCCCACCAACAUCUCCCCAGGCUCCCUGGGGCUGUCACUGCGCUACAACAGCCUGCAGAGCCUCAAGCACAACCAGUUUCUGGGGCUCAACCAGCUCACCUGGCUCUACCUGGACCACAACUACAUCGGCCUGGUGCACGAACACGCUUUCAGCGGGAUCCGCAGGCUCAAGGAGCUCAUCCUGAGCUCCAACAAGAUCACCGGCCUCUUCAACAACACUUUCCGCCCGGUCACCAACCUGCGCAACCUGGACCUGUCCUACAACCAGCUCCAGUCGCUGCAGCCCGAGCAGUUCCGGGGUCUCCGCAAACUGCAGAGUCUGCACCUGAGGUCCAACAACCUGCGGACCGUGCCUGUCCGGAUCUUCCAGGACUGCCGCAACGUGGAGUUCCUGGACCUGGGCUACAACCGCAUCCGGAGCCUGGCGAGGAACGCCUUCGCCGGCCUCAGCCGCCUGGUGGAGCUCCAUCUGGAACACAACCAGUUCUCCAAGGUCAACUUCGGCCACUUCCCUCGCCUGGUCACCCUGCGCAUCCUCUACCUCCAGUGGAAUAAGAUCAGCGUGGUCAUCCAGGGGAUGUCAUGGACUUGGAGCUCGCUGGAGAAGCUGGACCUGUCGGGUAAUGAGAUCCAAGCCAUUGGCCCCAAUGUGUUCCAGUGUGUUCCCAACCUGCACACCCUGCACCUGGACUCCAACAAACUCACCACCAUCGGCCAGGAAAUCCUGGAAUCCUGGAUAUCCCUCAGCUCCAUCAGCCUCUCAGGGAACAUGUGGGAAUGUAACAGGAACAUCUGCUCUCUGGUGAACUGGCUGAAGAUAUUUAAAGGCAGGAGGGAGAAUACAAUGAUCUGUGCUGGCCCAAAGCAACUGCAGGGGGAACAGGUGAUGGAAGCGGUCGAUAACUACAGUCUCUGCAUUAAAAAGCAAAGAGUCACCACCCAGAUGAUGCCGGGCAGCCCCAAACUGCAGGCCAGGCCGACAUUCAAAACAAGACUUCCCAAAGCUAACUCUGAAAGCAAAAGCCAAUCUCCACUGCCAGCCAGUGCCAGCCCCCCAGACCCCAGCUCUGACUCUGAUGUGAUCGAGCCGGUUUCCUUCCAUAAGAUCAUAGCAGGGAGUGUGGCCCUCUUCCUCUCUGUGCUGGUAAUCCUGCUGGUCAUCUAUGUGUCCUGGAAGCGCUACCCGGCCAGCAUGAAGCAGUUCCAGCAGCGCUCGCUGGGCCGAAGGCGCCGGAGGAAGAGGCAGACCCUGAAACAAAUGGUCCCCAGCACCCAGGAAUAUUACGUUGAUUACAAACCGACACACUCCGAGACCACGGAGAUGUUGAUGAACGGAACUGCCUCUUGCACCUUUAACAAAUCUGGCUCCAGGGAAUGUGAGGUAUGAACUUCUUAUAAAGCAAGGGUUAGAGAUAAACAAAGCCAAACUAUGGCAGGCACCUGGGAAGAAAAUUUUCCCCUUUCGGUCGAAUUGACAGAAUGUUUCCCUCUGUUUGGAUUCCACACGCAAUAUACUGUUUGAUUGUAGGUGCACACAUCCUUGCUAAAAAAAUAUUUAGUAUUUCAAUAGCAGUUGCUGACUUUA